UUCAUUUUGGUGGAGAACAAAAAAAAAACAAACGAUUGACGAUAUUUAUGAUGGAUACAACAACAACAACGGCUGUCGAUCGCGAUGGAAAUGCAUUAGGUGGCCUAUUUCAGAAUAUAAUUGUCGAUCUAAGGAAUGGCGCCAACAAUUGGGAUGAUCUAUUAUUGAAAGCCAACAAGUUUCAUCUACAGCUAAAAUCAACCAUAAGCUCGUCGACCGCUUUUUUGGAUGCCUUCCAGAAGAUUGCCGACAUGGCUACAACAACCCGAGGAGGAACCAAGGAAAUUGGAAGUGCAUUAACAAGAUUGUGUCUAAGAAAUCGUUCGGUCGAAGCUAAACUAAAAUCAUUGACUAGUUCAUUAUUCGAUAGUUUCAUUUCACCAUUACAAGAUCGUGUUGAUGAAUGGAAAAAAAUUAUUUCACAAAUCGAUAAGGAACAUAGUAAAGAAAUAAAGAGGCUCAAACAAUUCCGUAAAAAACAUUCAUCAGAAAUGCGUGUUACAUCGGCUUUUGCCAACAAUACGUUCAGGAUGAGGAAACAUUUACCACGAGGUAAAUUGAAGAACGAUUUCCCACGUAUUGGUUCCAUGUACGAUGUGGACAAGAUUAUUGAAUCUGUUGAUUGUAAUAAUAAAGAAAAAUAUUUUAUGCUCGAAGAGGUAGAAAAAAACUAUGUACGCCGUGCAUUGAUUGAAGAACGAAUACAUUAUUGUCUUUUUUUCAACCUUCUUCGGCCAGUCAUUGAAGAAGAGAUAUCAAUGCUACAAGAAAUAAUCCAUUUGGAAGAGAUUCUCACCACAUUGACUAGCCUGACUAAUGAUCCACAUAAAUUACCGACUUCAAGUGAAAAUUUUUUACAUAGUUUACAAUUGAAUGAUUCAAUAGUUCCAAUACUUGAUUCAACCUAUUCAGAGUAUGGUUCUCAUCAUCAUAAUCAUCAUUCUCGAAAAUCAAGCAUAUCAUCCAUGGACAGUUUGAACACCCUAUCAACUGACAGUGUUUCAUUUAGAAAUGUAAAAUCAUUAUCACAGCCAAACAUUAUACCUGGUUUCAGACCGAAAAGCAUCGCCUCACAAGAUUCAGGUUUUUUAUCACACGAUUAUAAUAUUCCCAACAUUGGACGUUUGGUAAUCUACAAUGGUGUCAACAAGAUUAAUAAAGAUUCAACUACUGCUGAUAAAGAUCGUAUUUGCAUGUUGAAUGGAAAAUCGAUUCGAUGUUUAUCGACAAUCGAAUCGAAUGAUGAGAAAGAAAUUAAAGAAAAAGUUGAAUAUGCAACAAGUGCACCAUUAUAUCAUUCGAAUACUGCUUGUCCACAGCCAAUCUAUGUCAAUAUUCAUGAUGCCUGUGAUCGUACACGAUUCACAUCGGAAGGAUCAUUGACGCCCACUAAUCAUGAUAUUAAUCCUAUUGAAAAUAGUAAUUAUAGUAAAUAUUAUAACACUGUAAACAAUUCAAAUAAUUUACAACAACAACAACAACAACAACAGCAAACAAACGUAGAAUCAAAUCAUACAUGUACGAAACCAAAACCAAUACCACCGAAACCUCCUAUGCGUCAUAGUUCUAAAUUAUCAACCAAUACAGCAAAUAAUUCAUUGCAAUUUAUGACGUCUGAAACAAGUAAAAGAUCAACAUUGAUUUUUGUUAAGAAUACUGAUAAUCCGGAUUUCCCGCCUCCACCACCGGAAGCUUUUAUACGACCAGCUGAACAAUGUGAAAAAGUUGCUGAUAAUCUAUGCUGUCUUUAUUCGGUUCCAAGCAGGAAUUUAGUAUUUUGCGAUAACAAAGAAUGUCUACAAGAUUAUAAUAGACAGACAUAUCGAACGCCAAUAUAUCAUAGUACAUCGUUGAAUGCAUUUUCAAUGGAUUCGAACCAAUCAUCGUCAUCGAUUAGCCAGCAAGAAUAUCACAAAAAUCAUGACGACAAUGGUUGCCAUGAUUCUCAAUAUGACAAUCAUCAUCAUUAUCAAAGUUCAAUUAAUUUAUCAUCUAAACAUCAUUGACAUAUUAUGCAAGACAAUUGAUGAAGAAAUUAUGACGAUUUUUUUUUUUUUUUUUUUUUUUUUUUUGACUAGUCAAUAAGCUUUCAAAAAUUUUUUAUUAUUAUUAUUUUAAAAUUAGUUGUAUUCAGUGUUUAUGAAUUAAAAUCUGUUCUUCAAAAAAAAAAAAAAAAUAAUGAAUUUUAUAUUGACCGCCUUUUUUCCAGCAAAUUGGUUUAAUUAAAUAAAUGAAUUUUGAACCUUGAA